GACGUUGCUCCGCAGAGUUAACUCAACCUGUGGGCGCGGACAAACCGAUCCCGGGUCAGCUCUGGCAGAAAAGCGUCGUACAGGAAGUCAGAGUGGCUGCUGGUAACUGCUGCGGUGUGAAGUUGUAGAUGAGCGGACGAACAGCGAGUAAAGUCACAGAAGAUCAACCCGAGCCCGCUGUUCUCUGAACUGUUUCCCUCCAGCGAUGGACAAACUUCGUCGAGUGCUGAGCGGCCGAGAGGACAACGAGGAGCUGGGUCUCACCGCUCAGGUCCUUGAUGCCUCCACUCUCAGCUACAGCACCAGGGUGAAAUGGUUUGUCAUAUGCUUUGCUGGAGGCAUCCUGUGCUCAAUACUCGGCUCAGCAUUGUUGUUCCUUCCAGGUGGAGUCAAGCUUUUCGCUGUCUUCUACACAAUAGGGAAUAUCGCAGCUCUUGCCAGCACCUGCUUCCUGAUGGGACCACUGAAACAGCUGAAGCGCAUGUUUGAACCAACACGACUGAUAGCCACCAUUGUUAUGCUGCUCUGCCUUGUCUUAACACUUUGUGCAGUGUUUUGGUGGCACAAAAAGGGGCUGGCUAUCAUCUUCUGUAUUAUGCAGUUUUUGGCAAUGACGUGGUAUAGCAUCUCUUACAUUCCAUUUGCAAGGGAUGCUGUGAUGAAAUGCUUCACAACUUGUCUGGGUUCAUGAUUUCCUUUUGAAGACUGGUCCUAAUAUGCAAACUGCAAAAACAGUUGCUCUGUGUAAUAUAAAUCCAUCUUGUUUAUGCACUUUAUCUCCAAAUUUUUACUGUGGCUAUUUCAUGCUGUGAAUUUUCCCUUAGUUUUAGAACUACCCAAAGUUCAUAUACAACAAUUAUUAGAAGGUUAUCAGUCUUCUGCCCUUGAUUUGAGAGAAAUUAGUGCCUUUAAUGCUUAAUAUAUUCCUAUAUUUUCUGAGAAUUUUAUACCAUUCUAUGCAGGGAAAUGAUUAAGAUUUUUCUAUACAUUGUAAUUUGCAACACAAGUGCCUUAACAUUGUGUGUACACAGAUCUGUUGACAUAUUGACCAACCAUACAUAUUUACAUCUUUUACAGUGUGAACUUCUAUUUCAUUUUUGGAUUUUUAAAGAAUGUAAUAACUUCUGCCACAUAAUCAUCAUUAAAGCACAUUGUCUUUCUGUUUCCUCUGAGACACUGAUGUAUAAAUAGGCUCUCACGUGCUAUUCCUUGUUUAUAUAUGAUCAUUUUCCCUGAGGCUCUGCUCCACUGAUGAUGCACUGGGCUGUAUGAUAUCUGCUGCUCAUUUAAUGUUUUUUCUCUUCAGUUAAAGAGAUUUAAAAAA